AUGGAGAUCAAAGUCGGUAGCCCAAUUAGAAUAGAAGAUGCAUUUUAUGUACCUGAAGAAUUGUAUCGUCAGUACAAAGAGAUGAAUAUAUCGAGUAUAUUUUCUUGGCAAGCUGAAUGCCUUAACUUACCUGGUGUGCUUGAUGGUCAUAAGAAUCUUGUCUAUUCAGCUCCUACAAGCGCUGGGAAAACUCUUGUUGCUGAAAUUAUUGUAUUAAAGCGCAUUUUAGAAUCUGCACUUAAAGCGUUUAUCAUUUUACCUUAUGUCUCUGUCUCAAGAGAGAAAAUGAUAUAUCUACAAAAACUUUUUAACAAUUUGGGCAUUCGUGUUGGAGGUUAUAUGGCUGGCCAUAGUCCACCUGGAGGAUUAUCUGCUAUCAAUGUAGCUGUUUGUACGAUUGAAAAAGCGAAUAGCUUAGUUAACAGAUUAAUUGAAGAAGAACGUUUGGACGAAUUAGGUAUUGUUGUCGUCGAUGAACUACAUCUUAUCGGUGACACUCAUCGUGGUUAUUUAUUGGAGUUGUUGUUGACAAAAUUACUUUUUUAUUCACGUCGUAUAUCGAAUUUCAAACAUACAAAUGAAAUUAAAAUUUUAGAAAACUCUCAAAGUUCAUUAAAUAAAUGUUGUGAUUCUAAAGCCUAUGGUAUCCAAAUUGUUGGUAUGAGUGCUACAUUGCCAAAUCUUAAAUCGCUUGGACAGUGGUUAAAUGCUGAAGUUUAUAUUACAAAUUUUCGUCCUGUCCCACUAACUGAAUUUAUAUUGUCUUGUGAUUUACGUUCGAAAACAAAUCAGUUUUAUAAAAUUGUCAAAUCUGCUAGUAAAGAUGAUAGCUCUACUCAACAACUGUUGUCGGAAUGUUUAGAGCCUGCUGAUAACUUACCUUUGGAUCCUCAAUUAACUUCUGAUACUGAACUAAAUAUGAUCGAUGAAGAUGGUGUGUUUGCUUUGUGCUUUGAUACACUUUUGAAUGGACAUGGUGUGUUAGUAUUUUGUCCAACUAAACAAUGGUGUGAACAAUUAGCGGAUACAAUGGCUCGUCAAAUUUUCAUUCUCACACAAUCAUACUUCUCAGCUUCACAUCAAAACGACCAUAAUCCAUCUGAUGCGAAUAUCGGAAAUUCGACUUACAAAAAUUCAGAUGAUCAUUCAGUACAAUCAAAUAUUGGAACGCGUUUAGCAUUACAGUUGGAUCGGGUUGGUCUUGUCACUUGUGUAGAGCAAUUAAAACGAUGUCCAGCUGGUCUUGAUACAAUUUUAGCCAGAUGUUUAGGUUAUGGUGUGGCUUUUCAUCAUGCAGGUCUUACAGUCGAAGAACGUGAGAUUAUUGAAUUUGGAUUCCGUAAAGGUCUUAUUCGUAUUUUAAUUACUACAUCUACAUUAAGCUCUGGAGUAAAUCUACCUGCUCGUCGUGUUAUCAUUCGAACACCAUUAUUUCAUGGAAAAGUUUUAGAUUUUCUCACUUAUAAACAAAUGUCUGGUCGAGCAGGUCGUCAAGGUGUAGAUACUAGUGGUCAAAGUAUUCUAUUGUGUAAAUCAAAAGAUCUGGGACGUGUUCGUCAACUGAUAAUGAACGGUAUGCCACCUGUGAAUUCAUGUUUGAUGGGUGACGGAGGUAGCCCUGAAUCUAGUCUAAAACGUGCUCUGCUCGAGGUCAUCGUAAAUGGAUUUGUAGAAACAUUAGCUGAUGCUUUACUGUACUUGUCUAGUACAUUAUUGGCAACAACUGUUACCUGGGAAAAAUUAAACGAAUUUAAUAAUUCUCAAUCACCUUCCACUAAAAAAAAUCGACGACGUUCUCUUCGUUUGUCUCAACCUAAAACUUAUUCUGAAAAUGAAAUUAAUGGUGAUGAUGAUAAUGAAAACAAUAAUAAUAAUCGAUUCACAUCCGAUGACAAAAAAUCUUACUAUAAAGAGUUUAUCUAUGUCAAAUACGGUGAUGAUAUUAUAAAUAAGGAAGUCAACAAAAAAAUAACAUAG